AUGAGGCGAUUAAUUAUUUUCGCGAAGAAGCUGAAUCCUCUACAUCGUGACCAGACAAGACAACCGCCUCUUGAACGGAAUCGGUUAGGUGCUCAUGAACGUCUAGUGCAAGAUUAUUUUUGUGAAACUCCUUUGUACGAUGAUGGUAAGUUUAAGCGUAGGUUUCGUAUGAGCCGACGACUAUUCGUUAAAAUUGCUAAUGAUCUUGCUGGCGAAUUCCCUUUUUUCAGUCAAAGAGUAAGUGCAAGUCACAAAGUUGGUUUCUCUGGACUACAAAAGUGCAUAGCAGCAAUUAGGCAACUAGCGUACGACACAGCGAGUGAUGCGUGGGAUGAAUAUUUAAGGAUGUCGUCAAGAAUGUGUCGUGAGUCUCUUGAAAAUUUUUGUGAAGGUGUUAUCUCUCUGUACGGGAGACGAUAUUUGAGGAUGCCAACCACAGCCGACGUUCCACUACUAUACGAGGCCCAUCAACGCAUACACGGGUUUCCUGGAAUGCUGGGUAGUCUUGAUUGCACGCACUGGGAAUGGGCGGCAUGUCCAACCGCUUGGAAAGGGCAACAUCAUCGUGGUGACCACGAUGGUCCUACCCUACUAUCACAAGCGGUCGCUUCUCAAGAUUUAUGGAUUUGGCAUGCGUACUUUGGCAUGGCUGGUGCGAACAAUGACGUUGCAGUUUUAUUGUCCUCGAAUCUAUUCGACGAUGUCAUAGACGGGGUUGCACCAGAUACUUCAUUCUAUGCAAAUGACGUGCAGUAUAAGUAUGGCUACUAUCUCACAGACGACUCGGGUAGAGCGUUUUGUGGAGAAAGCUAUGAUGAAAGUAACCAACCGACGAACCCAAUACUAACAUACGCUGAGAAAAAAGAUAUCCGAGCGAAGAUACGGGCUAGGCACACAUACCAUAACCUUCGAGCCGAUCUGACCGAGCACCUAUGGCUUUAUCGUGAACAAGGAGGAGUUGACGAAGAUGACGAGUUAUAA